CCUUCUCGUUAAGUUUAGGCUUCUUCUUCACAUCACAUGGUUAUUAUCAACUAUAUACAAUUUAUCUACACAGAACAAAGAGCGCGUUGUCUCUCCCAAAUCUCUCACUUCAUUUCCAUUUUCCAGUCCUCAGCUCCUGUAGACCUCUCUCGCUCUAUUCUCUAUCUCUCUCAUCUUCUUUAUCUCUCUAGAUUGAAGCUUUUCACUGCCCCGAAAUGGCUGCCGCCGCUGCUACUCUGAGCCCCCCUGACGCCGAGAAGAUCUCCAAGCUCAAAUCUUCCGUCGCCGGCCUUAACCAGAUUAGUGAGGAUGAGAAGAGUGGAUUCAUCAACCUAAUUUCUCGUUAUCUUAGUGGGGAAGCACAAUAUGUUGAAUGGAGUAAGAUCCAAACGCCUACUGAUGAGGUAGUGGUUCCUUAUGAAACCUUGGCGCCAACUUCUGAUGAUCCCGAGGAGAUCAAGAAGCUUUUGGAUAAACUUGUGGUGCUUAAGCUUAAUGGAGGUCUGGGGACAACAAUGGGCUGUACUGGUCCCAAGUCAGUCAUUGAAGUUCGUGACGGGUUAACUUUUCUUGAUUUAAUUGUUAUCCAGAUUGAGAAUCUGAACUCUAAAUAUGGGUGCAAUGUUCCACUGCUUCUAAUGAACUCGUUCAACACUCAUGAUGAUACAUUGAAGAUUGUUGAAAAAUACUCCAGCUCAAAUGUUGAGAUUCAUACUUUCAAUCAGAGUCAGUAUCCCCGUCUGGUUGUAGAGGAUUUUACACCACUCCCAUCUAAGGGGCAGACAGGGAAGGAUGGAUGGUACCCUCCUGGCCACGGUGACGUGUUUCCAUCCCUAAAGAACAGUGGAAAACUUGAUGCAUUAUUGUCACGGGGAAAAGAAUAUGUGUUCGUUGCCAACUCAGAUAACUUGGGUGCAAUUGUCGACUUGAAAAUCCUUAGUCAUUUGAUUAAGAACAAGAACGAAUACUGUAUGGAGGUGACACCCAAAACACUGGCUGAUGUGAAGGGUGGCACUCUCAUCUCUUAUGAAGGAAGAGUUCAGCUACUGGAAAUUGCUCAAGUUGCUGAUGAACAUGUCAACGAAUUCAAGUCGAUAGAGAAAUUCAAAAUUUUCAACACAAAUAACUUGUGGGUGAACCUGAAGGCAAUUAAAAGGCUUGUGGAAUCUGAUGGACUCAAAAUGGAAAUUAUUCCAAACCCGAAGGAAGUGGAUGGAAUCAAAGUUCUUCAGCUGGAAACUGCUGCUGGUGCGGCGAUAAGGUUCUUCGAUAACGCUAUUGGAAUCAAUGUGCCCCGAUCUCGAUUCCUUCCAGUAAAGGCAACUUCAGAUUUGCUUCUAGUGCAGUCUGAUCUCUAUACUCUGGAAGAUGGUUUUAUCAUUCGGAAUAAAGCUAGAACAAACCCUGCAAAUCCUUCUAUUGAAUUGGGGCCUGAAUUCAAGAAGGUUGGCAAUUUCUUGAGUCGGUUGAAGUCAAUCCCUAGCAUUGUUGAACUAGAUAGCCUUAAGGUUUCUGGUGAUGUGUGGUUUGGCGUUGGCAUCGUUCUCAAGGGGAAAGUAAGUGUCACUGCGAAGUCAGGGGUGAAGUUAGAGAUUCCUGAUGGUGCUGUGCUUGAAAACAAGAACAUCAAUGGUCCUGAGGAUCUCUGAGUUUCUUUUCCAGAAAGUGCUUGAAGGAGGGCGUUCGUGUCGAAGGCCGUGUCCUUUUUUUGUUAUGUAAUACUUGUGCGUUUUGAAAGCAGAAUAAUAGUGAAGUUUCCUCGACUGUGUGUCUGGGACACAAGGAACACUCGAAAGUUGGGGUAACUAGUUGUGAUUUUUGUUUUUCAAAGAGGCUUUGUUGCGAAAGUUGUAUUCAAAUUGACACGAGCUUAAAUAACAACUUCGAGUUGGUAGAUCAA